UAGUAGCAAUCAGAAAACACAGAGAUCGCACGAAACAUACAGAAUGUGGAGAGACAAACGACAACAUGAUAGUAAAUCCUUCAUAUCAACGAAAUUUAGCAACAAUAUUUGAAACAUGUUUACCUGAUGUUGUACUUUUUAGUGCAAGCGGAUUGUCGAUUAAACGUCGUCUAGGAGAAGGUCAUUUUGGACUAGUAUACGAAGGUAUUUACUUGAUGAAAGAAGAAUGCGAUAAAAGAGAUAAAGAAUUCCAUCCAGCAUUAAGCUCAAAUGCGACAUGUCGUCACGGUACAAAAGUAGCUGUCAAAGCACUACGAGAAAACACAGAAAACCAGAGUUUCACUGAAUUCCUUAAAGAGUGCUCUUCCAUGCACAAUCUUGACCAUCCGAACGUACUUCCACUAUUAGGUAUAUGCGUUGAUCACCCAGACAUUGCAGGUCCUCUCAUACUGUCAGCUUACAUGGAAAAGGGAGACCUAAGGUCAUAUCUUUGUCGCCAGUAUUUGUUGUCUGGAAAGACAAAUGAGUCUAAUCAAAAUGCAAAAGGCUGCCAACAGAUUUAUCCAGUAGACAAAUUGAAAAGCUACGUCAUGCAAAUUUGCCAAGGCAUGAACUACCUAGUCGAUUGCGGUAUUAUUCACAGAGAUUUGGCAGCAAGAAACUGCAUGUUAAACGACAAAGAAACAGUGAAAAUUGCUGAUUUCGGCAUGGCUCGUUUUAUGAACUCAAAGGAAUAUUAUCGUGAACGUGGAAAUAACCCAGUUCCAAUCAAAUGGAUGGCCCCUGAAAGUGUUUUGCAAAAAGUAUACUCGGAAAAGAGUGACGUCUGGUCGUUUGGCGUGACAGCAUGGGAGGUGUUUAGUAUGGGCAUCUGUCCGUACAUAGACGUGGGCAAUGCCAAUAUCGUCAAUUACUUGUAUCGAGGAGGGAGGUUGCAACGCCCCAUCAAUUGUUCUCAGGAUUGGUUAAUCUACACGAUUUGCAGCAAAAUGUUAACUCAAUUAUGUAUUGUUCCAUUUCUAGGUUUACCAUUAUCUCUGGAUGCUGGAUGUGGCACCAAACUGAUCGCGAUGAUUUCAAGAGUCUCAUGGAUAAGAUUAAACUAAUCAGUGGUUAGAUUUUGACGGUAGAUUAUGAAUACCUGUACAAAUGGUCCGUCAUUAGAAAAUUCUAAGAUUUAAUACAUUUGAAUGUAUCUUAUGUAUAUAUCACGUCAAUUAUCAAUUUUGCACCUGUUGCAUCUAAGAUCUAAAGA